AUGAGCAGACAGACACUCAGCAUCUCUUGUAGACAGCGCGGAAGGUUAACCAGCCCCGUGGUUGAUAAAAAGACGCUCAGAAGGUAUUAUUUGGCUCUGCUGUGGAAACUCGGAGCUCCUUUUGCUGUCAAGGAGGUAAGAGUGAGCGUGUGCAUGUUCUGUUUGGACAGCAGCGAUCAGGAUUUCAGUAGUAAGGUCAGCUGUGUGGACUCUUUGUGCUUACCGGUGGCUUAGCUAAGCGUGUAGCAUAAAAUAGGCUAGCAGCAAAAACAGGAGGAGGAGGAGAAGAAGGAGGAAGACAGUGUGUGUGAAGUGAAGCACUAAGAGUGUCUGUAGCUACAUUUUCAUGCAGGCUAGCUACAAUGUUAGCUCGGUUUAAAAUGAUUUACAGCGCUGCUCAGGUCAUGUCCUGUCUGAGAGAGAAAACACUUCACCUUUAAACUCUAUUUACUGGGAUGUUUCUGUCUGAAAUGGCACGUUUGUACUUCAAACCACCACAUACUCUGUUUACUUUAACUCUUCUUCUAUCAGAGAACUGUUGUCAUCUUUUCAGGGUUUUCCUACUGCUGUACUGAAGGUGGGCCAACCUACUACAGAUUAUAAAAACUGGUCAAAAAGCACAACCAUUUAUCUGAAGGGAAAGGCCAGUGGAGUUAUACCAAAAGACAGGGAUAACUUUAUCAUAGCUCUGUAUAGAAAAGUUAAAUUAAUCAGGAAGCAAGUCUGUUUUUUGUCUCUUCCAAAUGUAAUAUAAUCUAAAGCAGCCAAAACAAGGCCAGACUUGAAGAUAAUGUGCAGUGUCAGAUUGUUUUCCUUUAAUCGGUUGAUAUGGGAAGGAUACAGUAAAAUACAGGAUUUUUGAAUCAGAAUUUUGCAGAUGUACAGGUAUGAUAAAUAUUGGCAUGGCAGAUUAUUAUCCCAAAUAUAACGCCAAUUCACAACAGUCGUCAUCCCAAGACGCUUUUUAAAGAACAAGAGCAGGUCUAGACCACGCUCAUUGUUUGAUGAAUUAUCAAGAUCCAACCUUAGAUGAGAUUUGGCCCAUCUCGUCUAACAUGAGAAAGAGUGGCAAGGAAAAAAUUCCUUUUAACAGGCAGAAACCUUGAGCAGGACCAGACUCAUGCUAGACAGCCACCAAGCCGCUGCUGGGUUGGGGAGGAAUACAGAGAGAUAGGGGGAGAGAGAGGAGUAGGAGAGAGGGCAGGGGGAGAGAAAGAGAACAAGAUAGAGGGAAGGAGAGAGAGAAUAGGUAAGGGAGAUGGAUGGGGAGACAGGGGACAGCAGCAACAUUAAAACAACAGCAACAACAACAACAGCUCAUGUAAUGAUGAAACAAAAUGAAUUCAGUUUACAGGGUUAGGAUAUGAGUAAUUAUGGACUUUGUUAAAUUAAUUUAAUGUGAUUACAGUCAGCAGGCCUAAUAGUAGUUAACUCUAGUUUUAUGUUAUUAAUGUCGGUGAGGCUGAUCCCACUGACUCCUUGAUGGUGAUGAGACGGUGCUGAACAGAUGCCCCUUUUAAUCUCGUCCAAUUUGUAACUCCUCGUUGUGCCUUUAAUGACAUUUAUCCUUCACUUUAGAUUUUUUGGGCAUUUUCGUUUACUCAGUUCAUCAGAUUUUGUGAUUUAUCCCUAUGUGAGUGUCCUACAAUGGCAGAAUCACUGCAUCACAUUACCAUUGUUAUUGUGACUGAUGUAAGAGGUAUUGUAUGGUCAGUUACCUCUGAGUCCCUUGGUAGUUUUCACUUUUGAAUUAUUUUAGUGACCCUUUUACUCUUACAUGAUGAUCAGAAUUGCAUUGAUCAAGUAUUAGUUGUGUGCUACCACGAUGGCAUGUCUCUGUAUAUUUUGUGUUUUAACUUUUUGCAACACCAACUGAAGUGAAAUCUUGAGUCAGAGCCAUAUAAAACCAAGAGAAAUGGAAAGGUAUAUAAACCCUAUUUACUCUUCUGACCACUCACGUAUCACAAUCACUCUUUCACACUACACUCACACACUACUAGCACAGGCCUCUAUGUAAAGCCUCCAUCAGCUAUAAUUAUUCCCAUUUUCUCACUUCUGGCACAGCAACCAAAGGCAGCUGUGGGGUGAAGUGUCUAGGCCAGGGACACUUUUCUAUGAAGGAAUUGAACCUCCAACCAUCUCGUUGAGAGACAGACUGUGAUGCUGAGCCACAGCUUUCACAGAACCAUGUAUCGGCAUUGGCUGUAAAAAUCCAUACAAUACAAACAAGCAAACAAACACACAAAGCGCUUAUUGUUACAUGUGUUUCAGUGUUGUGUCUGUUAAUUUGUAGCCUGUACAUUCAUUCAUUUCUUGUAAAUCCAAACAGGUCAUUUCAGGCUGAAUAUUUCUAGGAGUAGAUCCGGUUAUAAAAUGCCGUGGUAUCACCUCCUGCUGCAGCUGUGAGACAUGACUGUGUUUGGAUUGAAGCCAAUCAUUGAAAAUGUUUGUUUCACCUGCAGGCACUCAGGUACACAAUGCUACACGUGUAAGUGAAUAAUGCAUUGUAAACUCUGAACUGUAAAGGAGCAAUUCACAAAAUUUGAAACAUUCAUACUACUCUUAUGUAACAACUGGGGCCAAAACCAGAUUUUUCUCCCUGCUUUGUGAAUCAGUAACUGUUACAGUAGUUUACAUCAGCCGUUCAUAACAGAUGAUUUACAGUGAGGUAAUGAAGCCUUUAGAUGCUCUUGAGCAAGGCACUUUAAUGCAGAUCAGCAGCAAACAGCAGGAAGCAGUGGUUGCAGAAACACUCAGCAAAAGUUUGCACUCAGGUAUUUUGUUUACAGCUUGUUGUCAUUGAGCAAUGAAAUCACUGUCACUGACGGCGUUUUAACACACCCAUCUGACUUAAACACCUGGGAUGCACAGGAGCUCCGCCUUGCAUGCACCUGCACACUUACACACCAUGUGCAUCAGACUGAACUGUGACUAUACCUUUUGACAUGUGCUGAUUGAUCAUGAUUGAGGCCAGUUGUAUCUGUCAGUCAGUGCAGCAGUGCAGCAUGUCAGUCAGUGCAGUGUGUGUUGUGUGUUUGAUUUUUAUAGCUAUGCAUUUGUGCAAAGUGAAUUGUUGUGGUUGACAUAUUGAGUGUCCGAGUGGUUGUUUGUAUUUUCAGCAACCACAUGCCCAGACUGCUGUUUAUUGUCUGAGCAGUGUGGUCUUUUGUACUUCUUUGUAUUGUUCGCUCUCUCAGCCCUUUAUCCUGUGCUCGCUCCUUCUAUUUCCCUCUCUCUGUCUGUCUCCCUCAGACGAUGCUCUGUCUAUUGUGCAGCAUGAACUUGCCUGCAGAGCCUGUUACAUCACCAGCUGCAAUGUAGUUACAUCAUACACUAGACUGUCCUAUCAUCCUUUAUUACAGCUGCAGAGUGGCCUGUGUGGCGGUGAUAAAAUUCAUAGAAAUUAAGUCGUUGCAGCAUCAGAGUGAGCCGGAAAGGUUGCAGAGGAACGGUCAAGUGGCUCUGCAGAGAAGUGUAUUGUUUUGAGCAUGGGUGUGCUGCAGUCGAGUGACAGGUUGUGUUAAUGAUAAGGUGAAAAUGUUAUAGGAUGAGCCAUUGCUGCUUUGGUUAACUUUAUUGAAAUCACGUGUGUUAGACAGUAGAGGUAUCUAUACCUGCAGCAUUUGAUUCCUAGAAGAAUCCGUCUUUCUGCAAAUGCCGUCUUACAUCAGUAUGGCGAAUAGAAAUUUUGCAUGAUCCUAAAUACAUAGCACUUACCAAAGAGUAUAUUUUAACCUGUCCAGUGGGACUUGAAUUGCAUAUAUGCGCCCACCCUCAGUGUUACUAGAAACAUGUCAUUUUUCUGCUGUGUCAAAUAUUUUUAUGAAAAAAAAAAAAAAACUCUUUUUGCUUAAUUUUGCCAACUUAUGCAUGCAGAAGAUAUGUGUAACUAUUUUGGCUGAUCAGCCUGCAGGAACAUUACGAAGGUGCCAGUCAAACACAGUCUGGUCUGCCACCACAGCCGAGACACUUUCCAGUUGGGUGUGCAGGCUCUAUUAAAUAACAUUAUUAACUCUAUUUUAGUCUACAUUUGACAAUUUAGCUAUUAAAAUAAUCAUUCAAACUCCACAUUGUUGAAGUAGAUGUAACCAAAAUCUCUUCCCCCAUGAACGUCUUAUUUUUCACCUGUGUAGAGACUCCAAACUGUUUGAGGUACACUGCACUAUCAACAUUAUUUGGUGAUUCAGCCUGAUAGUGUGCUCCUUAUUAUAGUAGCUUUUGUCACGAGUGGUGUUGGAUUCACUUCCACAGCCUUGCAUUUGUAAUCAGGCUCUCAGCCCUAUUGUUGUUGGUUGUGCAAUGUUUUUCAUUACACAAUACAUAAAAGCAGUCAUGGUAUUGCAUUGCAUUGCAUUGUGACAUUUGUCAGUCUUCAGCUUUGUUGAAGACAUUUUUUAUUUAUUUAUUUGAAAAGUCAGGACACUGAUGAAGAGAAAAAGACAACUAUCAUGAUUUGUGUGAUGGAAAGUCAAUCAUUUGGCCACAGAGAUGGCUGUUUAGUAACACCUCAGGGUACAUUUAUGUAAGGGAUAAUGUUUAGUAGUGAGUGGGUGGUUAUGCUGAUUAGACUUCAAACAGGCUGAGUGGGACGCUGCUACAAAGUGGAGCGGUCUUAUUUCACCAUGAAGUGAUCCUAAAUCAGUGGUUCUCAAGUCCAGUCCUCGAGGCCCACUGUCCUGCAUGUUUUGGAUGUUUCCCUGCUCCAACACACCUGAUUCAAAUGAUCAGCUCGUUAUUUAAGCCAUGAUAGAGCUUGAUAACGAGCUGAUCAUUUGAAUCAGGUGUGUUGGAGCAGGGAAACAUCCAAAACAUGCAGGACAGUUGGCCUUGAGGACUGGACUUGAGAAACACUGCUCUAAAUGAUCCUGCAGAAAACCCGGCCGUCAACUAAAGGCAUAAACAAGUUAGCAAAGAAAGUGUUCAUUAAGAAAUGAUUUAUCCUUCUGUUUCCACAGACAGUAACACUAUUAUGCGCUAUCUCAAAACAUUAGAAUAUGACAAAACACCAAUCCAAAAAAAGGGAUUGAUGAUACAGAAAUUUUCACCUCAUGGAAAAUUAUGUUUAUUUACACACUUACUACUUGUUAAAACUCCUUUUACUGCGUCAGUGUGAUGUGGCAUGGAGGCGAUCAGUCUGUGGCACUACUGAGGAGUUUAUGAAAUCCAGGUUGCUUUGAUAGCUCCUUCAGUACUUGUUGGCUUGGGUGUCUCUCAUCUCUCACUUGAUGAUACCCUGAGAUCGUCUAUGGAGUUCAGAUCAGGUGAGGUGGCUGACCAAUCAAGCACAGUAAUGUCAUUGUUAGCAAAACAGUUUUGAUAGUUUUGGCGCUGUGGGCAGGCGUAAGGUCCUGCUAGAAAAGUAGAUCUGUAUCUACAUUAAGCUUCUUGGCAGAGAGAAGUGUGAAGGACUCUAAAAUCUCCUGGUAGACUUUAAGCUGUUGACUGUGGAUGAUAUGGCUCCCUAAAUCAUCAUAGACAGUAAAAACUUCAAGCUGCACUUGGAUUCUGUGCUUCUCUGAUCGUUCCUUAGACUCUGUGACCUUGAUUUCCUGAUGAUCUCUAAUUGUUUGAGCUGCACCUGUAGGUGAAGUUACUAAGAGAUGCACUCACUGGCCCAGCUGACGUUGCAUGGAUUGCAGGACAACAUUCUGCUCCACAUUUCAGAGAUAUUUGGGGUCUGGCAGCUUCUCAGGCUGUUUCCACAUCUGUGUCUGGUAACCGCCAUUACUUCCCCACUCUCGAGGACAGCCUUGAGAUGGUGUUUCGACCAAUUAAAAUCAAGUAAAAGUGUAAAUCACUGUCACUUCAGAGCUGGGGAUCAUGCUGAGCAGAGCUUUUUGCCUUGAGGACUGACUUGCAGGUGGCAUGCUGUGUGCCUUUGAGUAACAUGUUAUCUGUCAUGUGAGCCUGUUAGGAUAAUUGACAGCGAUAAAAUGUUAGAGAAAGAUCAUGAUGAUGAAAAAGGAAGGUAAUAAAAAUAUCAUGAUUUUCCACAACAGCUCUACCAGCCGUAAGGCUACUGCUACCUGAUAUUCAUUACUGUCUCUGAGAAUGUAUGUGUGUCCACCGGUGUCCUGUGUGCUUGUGUACGUGUGUAUUAAAAAAAUAAAAACUGAUGUCAAGUCAGGUCAAGGGAACACCAACCAAAGCAGCUACACACACCUGAAAGUGCUCUUUUACAUAGUAAGAAAAUUGCAGUAAUGUAUUUGAGUGACCAAAAGGAAGCCUCUCCUUCCUGACUGACUGGUUUCUUCCACCACACAGACACAAACACACACACACAUAAACACACUGCCGCUGUUGCUUUGAAUCUCAAAUCAUCCCAGGCCAGGCAGUCUUGACUAACUCUCUAUACCUCCCUCUCUCUCUUUCUGUUUUCCAAAUGUCCAGCCGCUCCUGCCCUAA